UUUAUGCAUGAAAAUGUGUAUCAACUUUUAAGAACAUAGUAAUGGUGGUAUUUUUGACUAGAUGUUAAACAUUCGAGUGGUAUGCAUCUAAAUACGAAUGUUUUUGUGUUAGAUAUGUAAAUAGGUAAGUAUUGUGUUAUAAUUUUAUUCUUGUUUGUAAAUUUUAUGCUUGCUAGCAAGUAUGAUGAAAUUGAAGGCCUUCUUGUAGUAGUAAAAUGUUCAUCUGGUGAGUGAAUAAAUAGCUGAACGCAUUUGGAUUUGAUAAAACCAAACCAUAUAGCCGGAUCAGCAGCGGUCUGGAAACGGUCAUUAACUAACCGUCACAGCCAGCCCUUCCCGUCGCGCCUCUUCGUCCAAACCUACUCUCCAAUUUGAAAAACUCUGCGACACCAUUUCCACGCUAUCAUUCACCCAAAACCAACGCACCAAAUCAAAAUUAAGCAGAAAAAAAUGGCUUCCAGCGCCCGCUCUCAGCUAUAUCAAUGCUUCUCCCCUCCCACCCUCCGCUCCUACCUAGCCGAAUUCAUUUCCACCUUCCUCCUCGUUUUCGCCGCCGUCGGUUCCACCAUUUCCGCCCGAAUGUUGACGCCUGAUGUGACAUCUGAUGCAUCGUCACUAGUCGCCACGGCGGCCUCGCAGUCCUUCGCCAUAUUCGCCGCCACCUACAUAGCCGGCGAUAUCUCCGGCGCUCACAUUAACCCUGCGGUCACCUUCGCCUUUGUUCUCGGCGGCCAUAUCGCCAUCCCCACGGCCGUCUUCUAUUGGAUCUCUCAAUUGCUAGGCUCCACUCUCGCAUGCCUUCUCCUCCGCUUCGCCUCUGCCGGUCAGGCGGUGCCGACGACGAAGAUAGCGACGGAGAUGACGGGUUUCGGAGGGGCAGUUGUGGAGGGGGUGAUAACCUUCAUGUUGGUUUACACGGUUCAUGUGGCGGCGGACCCGCGGGUGGCGGAUGCCGGAAGGAAGGGUGGGGCGGUUAGUGGGGCUCUAGCGGUGGGGAUGGUGGUUGGGGGUUGUGCGUUGGCCGCCGGUUCCCUCACGGGUGGGUCUAUGAACCCGGCCCGAUCUUUCGGACCGGCCAUUGUGAGCGGGGAUUUUAAGAACCAUGGGGUUUAUUGGGUCGGGCCGCUCAUUGGGGCUGCUUUGGCUGCUCUGGUCCAUCAAAAUCUUGUUUUCCCAUCACCUUCUCCUUCUGAUGAGGAAGCCCUAGAUGUUUAAUAACAGUGAUGUUUUG